GCUGCCGGCGGGGCCCGGAACACGCUAGUGGAGCGGAAGAUGGCGGCGGUGGCGGCGGCGGCUGCAGCCGGGACCCCGGGGUGGUUGAGGCGGAGGAGCCGCCGGCUCUGACCUCGCUCUGGCUCCAGUGCGUGCGGUAGAGCGUGUGCGAGGCCCCGUGCGGCGGGCAGGGGCGGCAGUGGCCAGUGCGCGCCGCCCUGAGGAACGCCCCGGCGGCGCGGCUGCGGCUGCGGCGGAGGAGAGAGCCGGCUCCGGGCCUCGGCGUCCUCCGGCGCCCCGGGCCCCGCGCCUCCUCGGGGGGGCGGCGGCGGCGAUGUUCUCGGUCUUGUCGUAUGGACGCCUGGUGGCCCGCGCUGUGCUCGGCGGCCUGUCGCAGACCGACCCCAGGGCGGGCGGUGGCGGCGGCGGUGGUGGCGGUGGCAGCAGCGGCGACUACGGGCUGGUGACGGCGGGCUGCGGCUUCGGCAAGGACUUCCGUAAGGGCCUGCUCAAGAAGGGCGCGUGCUACGGGGACGACGCGUGUUUCGUGGCCCGCCACCGCUCGGCCGACGUCCUGGGAGUUGCUGAUGGCGUCGGAGGGUGGAGAGACUACGGAGUGGACCCAUCUCAGUUCUCAGGGACUUUAAUGCGAACAUGUGAACGGUUAGUGAAAGAAGGACGCUUUGUCCCCAGCAAUCCUGUUGGGAUUCUCACCACGAGCUACUGCGAGUUGCUGCAAAAUAAAGUACCUUUGCUGGGUAGCAGCACGGCCUGCAUCGUGGUGCUGGACAGGAGUAGCCACCGCUUGCACACAGCGAACCUGGGUGACUCGGGCUUCCUGGUGGUCCGGGGCGGCGAGGUUGUGCACCGGUCUGACGAGCAGCAGCACUACUUCAACACUCCAUUCCAGCUCUCCAUCGCCCCUCCUGAGGCCGAGGGGGUCGUCCUGAGCGACAGCCCCGAUGCUGCUGAUAGCACGUCUUUCGAUGUCCAGUUAGGAGAUAUCAUCCUGACAGCAACAGAUGGGCUCUUUGACAACAUGCCUGAUUACAUGAUCCUCCAGGAGCUGAAAAAACUGAAGAAUUCAAAUUAUGAGAGUAUACAGAGGACUGCAAGAAGCAUUGCCGAGCAAGCGCAUGAGCUGGCCUAUGACCCAAAUUAUAUGUCACCUUUUGCACAGUUUGCAUGUGACAACGGAUUAAAUGUGAGAGGUGGGAAGCCCGACGACAUCACUGUCCUCCUCUCGAUAGUGGCCGAGUACACGGACUGAUGGCCACACUGGUGGCACCUGCCUUGUCUCCCGACUUCUCCCUGCCAUGUGUGCUGAUCCUGCUGGCAGGACCACAUUUCUUUGCCACUGAUCUCAGUGGCCAAUGGUGGAUGCUCUGGCCCAUGUUUGAGACCCAUCCAGAUCCUUGUUGAGAGCCACUGCUGUCACCUACUAGCCCGGGCCCGCUGGCGGCCCACCAAGAGAAGCGAGGUGACCUCUCCUCCUGGAGGUUUUCAAAGUCUUUUACUUUUCAAAAGCAGUUGAAGUUUUGAAAAUAAGUAAUGUUGGUAAAGUGAACUCAAAAUUUCAGUGUGUUAAAGGGAUGUUAACAUUCAACAAGUAGUAAAUAGCGACACCUCUACCAGAAAACACGUGGAUCAUCCCAGGAGAAGCUCUGUGUCCCCCAGGUGCAGUCUCUGCGAGGAUGGCUGUGGCUUUGUGUUUUCUGUUUUCCAGGAGCCCACAGUCCUGCUCAAUCCUGUGCUGGGUCAUGACAUCCCAACCCCAGCAGUAGAUGGUUUUGGUCACAAAUUGGAAGAAAAUUUUUGUUCUAUGAAUGCAGAUAUUUUGUGCUUUUUAAAAGAUGCUUAAUUGUGUCCCCGUGAUUGCAGCUGUGGCAGUCUGUUGAUUUAUCCAGGUCACAGGCUAGACGCCUGGCCCACAGGAGAGGGACAGGGGAAGGAGACUCCUUACCAAAAUCUAGUAAUGGAAAUACUACGCAAAAUUUCAGAACUCCUCAAAGCCUGGGAAUCAAAUGCUGUAGCUGAAGUCGUCCGUGCCGCCUGUAAGAAGCCAUGGGCCUUCCUGGGCUAGAGCAUGCAGCUGCAGCUUGGAAUGGGGUUGGCUGUGGACAGCCUUGCUCCUUCCCUUGGGAGCCUCCUACCCUUAGAGCAUGCCCCACCUGCAUCGUGUCCUCAAGGUGAUGGUGUGGUGGCAGCAUCUCCCAGAGCCCACAGGAAAACUAGUGGUGACCUGACAUUCACAGUGACCGCAGCUGAGUGUGGGGCCCUGAGUCCAGCUUAAUGUUUACAGUUCCAAUAGCCAUUUGCAGUAGGUAACGUUCCUUCUCAGACUUCCCCAUUACCUGCGAGCGCAAACUUAUUUUUAAGGUUUAUGUACAAUUGACUGCUGUAAAGAUAUAUAUAUAUUUUUGGGUCCUUUCUUUUCCUUCAUUAACUUGGUGGUAGAGAAGCCGUAUAUACUUAGAAACCCUUAAGUUAAAGCCGUGUUUCUGUGCAAGUCAGAUGACGCUGGUGUGAAGAUGGUGUGAGCAGCUGCGUGGCCCUUCCUCUGCAGGAGACACUGGCUCCCUGGUUACUGCAUUGAACUUGUGUUUGAGGUUACCUCAACUUGUUUUUAAAAGGUUUUGUCUGUGCAUUUGUAUAUUUGAGUAGCUGUCUCUUGUUUUAUUUAAAUUGUUUACCAUGUACCAUGUACAUGUCAGUGCUCUCUCAGUGCAUCAUGCUUGUAACAGGCAUUUCAUUUAUGAGAAUGAGUUACUCAUUUGUAAGCUAUUCAGUAAUUUAUCUACUAUUCCUAAAUUGGCAUAAUGUUAGAUUCCUAUUUUGAAUCAUCUUUAAUUACAUGUCAGAAUGCCUUAACUCCCCUAACCUGACAACACUGAGUUAGUUCUCUGGUGAGGAGAUACAGGGGCCGGGUAUGGAGGGAGACUGGAAUAGGAGAUGUUGCACUCUGUUGAUCCUGGGGCGUGAGGGGCACGUGGUGGGUAUUUAUUUUGCACAAACUCUUUGCAGUGUCUGUGUUUAAAACAGUAAGGUUGCAUCCAGAUGGGGUGUGUGACUCUAGGACUGAGUACUUCAGCUCUUCUGUGUGGUUUGUAAUUAGUUCUUGGUCAGAGGUGUUGUAGCCUUACAAUCUGGAUAUAUUUUGCAUUAAUUUUCCAAUGCCGAUAUUUAAUUCCUGCUAAGAGCGGAGCUGGUCAAGUCACUGGCUUUUUUUCUGCUCUCAUUUAGCCCAUCAACCAAUGUUUGUAAAAGUAGAUUGGUGUGUUUUAUACAACUUACUUUUAGUCAACUCACUUUUCUGAGCAGUGAUUGUUAGAAACGGACAGGCAGCAUGGCUGUUCUAGUAAACUGAAAACCACAAGGCAGGCGUCAGGAUUCAGGGACAGUUCCUUCGGGCCUGGCGUGUGGAGUAGUGACAUUGUAUAUUCCAUUUGCUUCUCCCUGUCCUUUUUGUUACACACUUAAUUUUAUAUCUGUCAGAGGUCAGGCAGAGCGCUGCUCACACUCACUGAGGCCAGGGGCUCCGUCACAUACCCCUCGCCAGGUCUGAUCUGGAACCUGGUGUGCGCGUACGUUGUAUUUUAAAUCAAGCAAUGUAAGCACUCAUAUUUGUCUCUCAGAGUGAACUUUUUUAACAAAAGAGAAAAUUUGGGUCUUAAUUUACAAAUGGCAAAUUAUUUAUCCCUCUGGAUGCACCAAAGACCAGUAAAGUUUAUAGCUUUUCCAUCUAUAUUUAUAAAGCAAUACUGUAUUAUAAAAAAAUCACUAUUUUUAUCACAUGCUUGAAAUUUUUAUUUUGUUCUGUUUUAAAAAUGUGCACUCUAAACAUAUCAGAACCUUAUUUCUUCCUAUGAACUUAAGCUGCCUGCGCACAAAAAAUAUAAAAUUAUCAAGUGGAGAUGAAGUAGCUAAAGUCCCAAGGCUCUUACAAACAGAAAGAAGUGAGGGGAAACAAGUUAUGUCUCCCAGGUUACCUGCGUGCUUGGCUUGGUCGAUAGGCUACUAACUCACAGAGAAUCCAUUCCAGGUGUGUGUCUGGGUUGGGCUGGGGCUGGAGACAGGGUAUGAGCUCUGAGGCAGGAGAGUGCCCUCUGCCGCUGCCUUCUUCUAGUUAGAGUAGCCAGCAGAUGGAAACAGGGCAGAGCUGCCAUCCCCAGGAGUGGUUUGCAGGCAGCUGGCGGGAUUGGCUAAGGCUGCGUGUGUUUGUACUUUUGAGUAGGUUCAUGGCUCCAUGUCACUGUAUAGCAGCUCUCUUUGGCAAAGUUGUAACACUCACUUUCCUGGAGACUGUCACAUUUUUACAUUAAAAAAUAUUUGCGAUAGCAAAAAAAGAAAAAAAACAUAUCAUAAAACAAUGAAAUAUGAAACAGAAGACAUUUGGAUUCUAUUUCUUUCAAAAAAGUAAAUUUAUCACAAAAUUAAACUUCUCAAUAAAGCAGUGUCCACGUGAAAACCUAACUGUUAGUAGGUAGGUCUGUGGCAACACUGAGUAGAUGACGAAGCAAGUCUGGGUCUGUGUGUACUGAUGAGCCGCCUUUGCUGUUGAGACUAUCAUCAUGCGUCCUACCAGAGGCAAUGACCUGAAUUGAUGUCGGAAAUAUAACUUAUGCAGGAAUAGUUCUGUAAAUACAUUUAAAUAAACUGUAAAGAUAUUUAAUAAAUAUAGUAUUUAUACUA